AUGGCUAACACCGUGGGCUGGCGCGACUUUAAAGCUCAAUUUCUAGCUUAUAUCAUAGUCUGCGGUUUACUUGCAAUCUUCUUCCUACUUUACUUUAAUAGAGCCUUUGCCUCCAUCGUCUCCUACUUUAUUCGUACCUAUACCUGGCAUCGAUACCGCAUCUAUAUAGACAUACAAGCGAUACAAUGGUCACUACUUGGUGGUCGUAUCUUCUUUACCGGCCUUCGAUAUCAUGGAAAUAACGAGACUAUCUUUAUUCAGAAUGGACAUAUCACCUGGUCGUACUGGCUGCGCAGGGUACGCGAUGUUGGUCUGGGUGGUGGGAAAAAGAAUAAGGAGUCCGGAGAUGGUAAUACAUCGGAUACUAGGAAACAAGCGGAACUCCCCUGUCGUGUCAAUAUCGUCGUUUCUGGGAUCGAGUGGUUCGUUUAUAAUCGUAGUGCCGCCUACGACUCUAUACUUGAAGCAAUGUCUGUGCCCCCUCUGUCUAAGCACGGCGAUAUACUUGACCGAACCGAGGGCCUGGCGAAUAGCUCGUCGAAGCCACGACAGCGGCUUCGCAAGUCUCAUGAGAGGUCCGAGCAUGUCGAAGAAGGUAGGCAAGAAUACGUUGAUGAGAAGGACGGCCUUGAGGCUCGCCCCCGAAGGGCCUUUAAAUCUACUUCUACCUCCGAUGGUGGCUUCGAAACGGCGGGUAAGGGAGACUUACCUCAAGUAUUACAAAUACUCCCAAUUCAUUUCAGAUGUGACAAGGCAGCUCUUGUCAUGGGAAAUGAGAAUACCAAGGCCGUUCUCAUUAUAAAGUCUAAGGGUCUGUCAGGAGAAGUUGAUGCGAGCGAUUGUCAAACUCCGGAUCCCUAUCGACAGCUUUUUAAGAUACAUUUUGACAACCCAGUACUUGAGAUGAGAGAAAACGACGGGUUCAAGGAAGAGCAGCUUGCCCGGGCUGUUAAGGACGAACAAGUCGCAAAAGCUACCAGCCCUGUACCCCCAAGACCAUUCUUUCGGAGACAACGCCGCAAGGUGGUUGGACAAUUGCGGAAUAUGGUUCCAUAUUGGCGGAAGUCUGUCGAAUCAUUUUCGGCAAAUUCUCAAGAUGAAGAUGGCCCUAAUGAAACCCGCAUACCAGGCUCAAACCAAUGGCAAGGGCUUUCCAGGUAUCUCAAUGACGACGACGACGACGAUAGACUUCGAUGGUCGUCAGUCGAGUAUGCCAAGGUGAAUCCCGUGGUUGAUAGUCCUAAGGGGACGUUAACAAUACUCUGGGAUGUUCCCGGAAAAGUUGCACCACGUGGCACAAUAUAUUCAUCAAAGGGCGAAGAUAGUGUAUCCGAUGAUAUCAAUGGAACCGUCGCGCCGGCCUGGGCGAUUAAUCUGUCUUUAAGCGGUGGCAUAAUAAAUUACGGGCCGUGGGCAGAUAGACAACGAGCUGAACUUCAGAAGGUAUUUUUCCCAGGUUUAUGCAAGGAUGCAACUCCUGCUCAGAGGCUACCAUUCGGCGCGGACCGUGUGCCUACACGGUUUAAUUUCUAUUUACAAUUUGAUGAAGAGGUCAUAUUACGAGUUCCUACCCGUGAGGAUUCCAAGAAUUGGAAGUGGAAAACCGAGGCUCUCACGUUGAGGCAGCAUCACAAGCAAGGUAAUCGACGUGAAAGAGGCAGGAGUCAAAAGUCUACCGCAACUACAGCUGCAGAACAACGUCCGAUUGGGUGGCUCGACAUCAAGGUUGCGGCGAAUGCUACCAUCUCGUAUGAUAUGGAUAUGGUAGCCAAGUCAACCGGAUAUACGAACACUCUAAAAAUCGAUCUUCCCACGACUGAAGUGUCGACUAGCGUAAACCAUGGGCUCUUGUGGCGAUCUGGGCGCCAGCAGAUUUCCUGUGACUUGUCUACGCCUCUAAAAUGGAAUGGCCUCCGUACUUGGCGUUUUGACAUCGAGGGUGACGGGCUCGAGCUUUUCAUUCUGAGAGAUCAUAUAUUCUUGCUCAUUGACCUCAUAGACGACUGGGGGAGCGGGCCACCUGCCGAAUACCUUUUGUUCACUCCUUUUAGAUACCUUCUUAACUUGCAACUUCUCAAUCUGAAGCUUUAUCUCAACGUCAAUGAUGUGAAUAUCGUCAACGAUCCGAUCAACUUCGAGGAGAACACGUAUCUAGUCCUAUCUAGCCCCCGUCUGGUGGUAGACACUUCCAUACCAUUAGAUAACUAUCGUCCCACGAAAAAUGCGAUACCUUUCAAAGUUACGGUCGACCCUUUACGCCUCGGCUUACACGUGCCACCAUGGAACACUCAGGCGACGUUCCUAGCUUCGAAGGAUAUAGGACACCUUGAAAGUCUAACUAUUCAAGGAAAUUAUAAUUAUAAUGCAACGACUUCACCUGCUAAUACCGACACGCUUGUCCUCGAUGUCUCCGGCCAGUCCCUCACCGCUCGCAUCUAUGGCUUCCUUGUUCGUUAUUUCUUACAAAUGAAAGAUAAUUAUUUUGGCGACAACAUCCAUUUCAAGACACUAGAUGAGCAUCAAGAAGGGUUACGGGCCAAAGGAGCGGAUCAAGAUGCUCAGCCUGAGGAUCGUCCUCCGCAUAAAAAAUCAAAUGAUCUAGAUGUGAUACUGAGCAUUCGCGCUGAUGACCCCAGGCUUUUUCUGCCUGCUAAUAUGUACUCUGCAAAGCGUUUUAUACCAAUCGAGGCUGCCUCUCUGGCCCUUGAUCUUCGAUUCACCAAUUACUAUAUGGAUCUUGAUCUAUCUAUCAGCCCCCUAAGUCUUUCCCUCGGGGGCGAGGAAGAAGGCGGCACCAGCCCAAUGAGUGCUAUACCGAGCACUCAGCUCUUCAUUGAUGGCUUAGAUAUCCAUGGGCACCGUUUGUUUGGCUUACCACCUAUUGAGCCAACCUAUCUCUGCAAUUGGGACCUAAAAGCUGGGUCCGUCAUUGGGGAUUGUUCAACCGAUUUUCUGACUACUCUCAUAAGAGCAGGUAAAGCAUUUGGCUUUACGCUUGAUGAUGACGAGAACGCGCUGAUUCCACUCUCUUCUAUUGUGGUGUAUGAUGUAACAUUCUUGCGUGUCUUUGUUGAGUCAGUUCAAGUUUGGGUACACGUAGAUGAGGCGGCGUUCUUGUUUUCCACUGCGGCAGUCGAUGUUCAAUUUAAUGACUGGGCGCGGACACACUACUCAAGGCGUGCAGAUAUAAAGGUGCCCAAUCUUGAGAUUGCUUGCGUUAACUCGGAAUCAGCAACGAGACAUAGGUCACGGCCCCGCUCUCAUGUUGAUACGGACGUCUUCCUCCGAACAAAUGUACAUUUUGCGCUUAUUGGGCGCAAGUAUGAUUUUGCACAGGAGAGGCUAUUACAACAGGAACUUAUACGCCGCCAUGACCAACGAACGCACCGGACAGACUUUUUGCUACUUCCAAGCCUUCUGAAUGACUUCGCGUCCGAUCAUGUCGACAACCCAGCGCAAAGCGUUCCCCCGGUUCCCCAGCCAGCUCUGUCUAGAUCCGUUGCCGAUAAAGCGUCUAUAUCAUCUUUAGGCUCCUCAAAUCGUUCUGCCAGGCUUCGCCAUAAGAGCUCAUUCCUUUCGUUAGCCAGCUCGUACAGCGGGAGCAUUCUACGACCAGGCUCUAUCAGGACCGCGCAACGAUCCCGGGCUUCCGGCCGUACAGCCCUGAAUUUUGUACCAUUUAGAGAUAGCGAAUCUAAACAAGCCGUUCAUUCCCGCGAAUACUCAGGGCACUUUAGCGCCUAUGGUGAGGCCGGGGAUAAGAGAGAGCCGCCACAUAGCAGCAUAACCUUUUCAAGCCAAUACUAUGCCCCUUCAUUUCCUCUACAGAACGUCAGACCAGACACCAAAGAAGCGACAUUUCACAGUAUUGAAGAGGACGAAAACGACACUUUAGACUCUUCAGGUUUUAGCUUAGACAGCCUGCCACCUGACCAACUAAAUCAGAAUUGUGCUCACCAGAGCUUGCUCCUCGAGCUUCCUUCCGGAAUUACUGUCUUCCUUAACGCUCCAUCUCUACGAUCCAUAGCGUCUUUGAUACGAGCCUUACCACCUUCCGACCCGGAAGAUAUUCUUGAUACUCUCCACAUAGGAACAGUGACAGACAUAUUUGAUACACAAAAACAAGAAGAAGUAAACGGGACUAUUACUGAUUUUGUCGUGCGGUUGCCGCAAGCAAACCUACGCUUCUUGAACUGUUCAAAUGCCGAUUCUACUGAUCCGUCACAAGAGCCGCAAGAUCAAUAUGAUGUGUCACUCAAACAACUCGUGCUUGCUACUCGAUCCGGAUUGCCAGCCGACGUGGCCGACGGCAAUGGAGAUUCUCGGUUAUCAUUUCAUUUCCGGCUUGCUUCAUUGCAGGUCUCAGCUGCCGAGAGACUCGAAAACCUAGACCAGACGCAGGCUGCCAUAUUGGCCAAGAUAGAGAGAGUUAUGGUGUCUAUGGGUACGAAAGAUGUGAACUAUAUUGAUGCAGAUAUAGGUGCUGUACAAGCUUCUUCGUCAUCGAGCAAAGUGGAAUACCUCGCUUCACUGAUUCAUCGAACGAAUGUACUUGCAUCAGAGACGGGAAAGCUUUUCUCGGAAACUCUUUCGGUUGCAGAAGAACGCUCGAAACAAUUCACGUACCAUGUCAUAAGUAAAGGGCAUAAUGCGAGCGAUGCUUCUUUUGUCGUUCGACCCUCAGCUAUCCUACGGACGGCUUCCAAGCACCUUAGAACCUACGAUUCUUGGAAACUAGUUACACGGUUACGCCAAAUGUGGUCCGCUCUGGAUGGCGAUACUAAAGAAAACCUAAGACGAGACUGUCUGUUUGGGUUUUCUCAGUGUCCUGCCGACAUGAGACAAGAAGUCACAACAGCUUUCGAGCGAUGGCGCAGUUGGGAUCUUGAGGAUCCGAGGCAUGCAGUGCUCUUAAACAACAUUUUCGGCGAGAUAUCCAAGCCUAAAACUGACGCAUCUAAACGAAUUCCCAUGAUGGUCGUAGCAAGGAUACAAGAAAUUCAAUUUCUGCUUGACCCUGGACCGAAACAGAACGAGGCUAUUAUAAUAGAUCUCACCUUGAGAGUCCAAGAGAGAAGUAAUGGCAUCGAAGCAAUCGACGAGAAACCUGCCGAUAUUGGAGAGCCUCUGACACUUGUCAACGUGUACUGCAGCGAAGCUGGUCUCAAGGCUAACUGGGAGCUUUGCGAACUUGCAGAUGACAUCUUACGACUCUACAAGAAUUCAGAGUCUUCAGUAUCUGAAGAACCGCCACCUAAGCAACAGGACAUAGCUAAACGCGUGUCGCCUCGUCCACUCCAUGUAGUGUUUGUACUAGGAGAUGGCGCAAUCUCCCUAGAAGCUAUUAAUUUGAGUACCAGACUACAAAGCUCUGAGCUCAAGCUUUCAAUACUUACAACUAGUGGCGCACAGGGUACUACAAGUUCAAACCUCAUACUAGGCUUUGAUUCGGUUUCUACAAGGGUUAAGAGCCACUCACAGGUGCUCGCCACUGCACGACUUCAACGCCCAAGCGUCAUUAUUGCACAUGAAGUACAAUUUAACGGACAGUCCUCGACACAUACUAUUAGGUCAGCGGCUAGUAGCCAGGAUCUCGAGUUCAUUGUGAAGCAGGAUCCAAUCGUGUUGGCCGAAGUUUUGGACUUACUAGUAAAGGAUGAAGUUGCACAGCUAUAUGCUCUGGGGCAGAGAUUCCCUUCAUCUCCUGAACCCGAACAGGAGAAGCCCACAGCAGCAGGACGACUCUCAACGAUCCAAGUCAAUUUGGCUAUGUUUCUAGACUCGUAUACCAUCUCGCUACCCUUGUUACGGUCUCUUACUUAUACCAUUUCCGGUGUCGUAGCGCGAGCGAAUAUGGCUGCUAACUUUGGCAGAGAGGUUAUACUGGACUUUGAUGUGAAGGAAAACUCACACAACAUAGAAAUCGAAGUCAAUAAUACACCACGUAGUAUCUCCUUACUACAAAUCCCCCCGACAAAUGGUCGUAUAACUAGUCACAUGGCUCCAGGGGAGCACUCGAUCACGGUACUGGCAUCACUGGAACUUGUCAAAUUGGACGCUUCGGCUGUCUAUAGCUUGCUUACCGCACUCAAUAGACCCGAAAUUUCAAAUGCUAUCAACGAUCUUCAGGAGCAAGGCAGAAUAAUAAAAGAACAUGUCAACGAAGUCUUCGGCUCUCCCAGGCUCGAGCCCGAAAAGCCAGUCUCGCCAGUAUCUAGCAGUUCAAAGCUCACAUACUCUGUUCAUGGUAGCCUUGCUGGACUUGAGAUAUGGGAUGCUGUGCAAAUGCAGCUUACUAACAAGAUAGAUGGGGGCCCAAUCCUAGAGAACCCCGAGAUACAUAUCAACCUUCACCAAAUAAUGUUCAACAUUGAGAAGGGCUCCGAAGAAAGUAUGAGAUCUUGCGGCAAUCUCUCCCUUGGCGCGUUAAUCACCGCCACAAGCCGCGAAUCUGAAGAUGGGAUAGAGCUGAGAUCUUUUGACUUCAAGUCUAACGGGUUUGAGGUGAACCUGUCGUCGGAUACCGUGUCGACAUUCGUAGACGUGCUUGGCUAUAUGGGCGACAAGAUCAAAGACCUCGACACAUCACGCGAACUAGAAUAUUUACGGAAGUUAAGACAGUCAAAACCCCGUAUUGCCAUUAAUGAUGAAGAGCAGGACACGGAAAGCGAUAUAUUAGAUUCAUUCCUUUCCUCGAUUAUGUACUCUUUUGAAAUACGGAAUAUACAAUUCUGUUGGCUUGUCUCUACUCUAAAUCAACCGACAAUCGGUCAAGAGGACCUAGUCUUAUCCUUUAAACGAAUCGAAUUCGCUACGCGCAAGAAGAACUCGGCGAAGCUCACUAUCGAGGACUUUCAACUACAAAUGGUUCCUCCAGGCCAGGACAAGUCUUUACGCUCUCUCAAUUCGGCGCUCCUACCAGAGGUAAUAUUUAACAUUGCCUUUGUCUCGACGGCAGACGCUCGCCGGCUAGCCUUCCAGGCAGUAGGUAAAUCGUUAGAUUUACGAUUAACCUCCGCUUUCAUCGUUCCGGCAGCACAUCUCCAGGACUCUAUCAGCCUAUCGGCAAAGAAUGUUCAGCGAGCUUCGGAGCACUGGGCGCCAAUAGUUAUGCCAGAGAAGGAGGUCUCCCGACCAGACCAGACUGUGGAGACGAGACGCUCAUUAUUCGGGAGCAGGAGAUUAGAAUCGCUUUUGAUUGACGCUGACUUUGCCGGAGCUGUGGUGCACCUCACUGGGAAGAAAUCAUCAGACGAAUCCAGUAGCUCGAGGGAUCGUCCCGCACUAGCUGGCAAGUAUGGCCAAUUUAGCACAGACGAAACCGGCAGCAGCAUGGUGCUUCGUACCCCAGGCCUGGCCUGGAAGACAGAAUAUAGAGAUAACGGCCAAGAAGACCCAACCCUAUAUGGAGAGGUUAAAGUCGAUCCUUCACGCAACAUUCUCUACCCAACUAUCGUCCCUCUUAUCAUGGAUAUUACUUCUAGCAUUAAAAAGGUUGUAGGUGACGAUACGUCCGAGUCACCAGUAUCACCACAAAUGCCAAGUGAAGAUUCUGUUAAAUCAAAAUCUAAUAGCGACGACAAACCAAAGUCUAAUAAUGAAGACAAUAUUCUCACUGCCGAUCCGAGCGCCGUAUUAGGACGUGUGAAGUUAAAUUUGGGUCUACGCAUUUGUCAACAGGAGUUUACUUUCAGUUGUCAACCUAUCGGUCGUGUUGCUGCCACGACCCGCUUCGACGAUAUCUAUAUUACUAUGAAUACUGUCCACGCGGUAGAGCAAGGCAACUUCUUUGCCAUCUCGGGUACUUUCAGCGGAUUCCAUACGUCUGUGCAACACGUAUACUCACGAGAGUCUACGGGUAGCUUUCAAGUCGAAUCCAUCGUGCUCUCGUUAAUGAAUAGUAAGCACGUUAGUGGUACAAGUGGUCUCUCCGCCAUUUUGAAGGUCAGCCCGAUGGAGGUGGCGAUCAACGCCAAGCAGCUUCAAGACUUCCUACUAUUCCGAGAGAUCUGGAUUCCAGGGGAAGUCCGGCAAGGUACAACAGCACCUGUUGCGACGGUAACGACAGAAACAAUUGCGCAAGCCCAUCUUGUACAAAGAUACCAGCAAGUGGCCGCCACAGCAGCAUUCCCGUGGACAGCUACUAUCUCAAUCGAAGCCCUGAAUGUUGUUGUCGACCUCGGACAAUCCCUCGGCAAAUCCAAAUUUGCUAUAUCUGAGUUCUGGGUUUCGUCAAAGAAAACUUCAGAUUGGGAGCAAAAUCUUUGUCUAGGGUUUGAAAAGAUCGGCGUGGACUGCACCGGUCGACUGAGUGGAUUUGUUGCUCUCCAAAAAUUCAAACUACGCACGUCCAUCGAAUGGCCAGAACGCGAGCAGGCAUUGAACGAAACGCCGAGGAUUCAAGCUUCAAUCAGUUUCAGCCAGUUCAGACUUAAAACUGCAUUCGACUAUCAAGCGUUCUUAGUCGCAGAUAUUACGACUAUGGAAUUCCUUAUGUACAACGUGCGUGAGGAGAGAACAGCCUCUGGUGACAGACUUGUGGCGAUUCUUGAUGGAGAAGCCGUACAAGUAUUCGGCACCACCACAUCGGCAGCUCAAAGCGUUGCCCUAUGGCAAGCUAUCCAGAAGCUUAUACAGGAGAGAAAGGCAAGCUACGAGACGUCCUUACGAGAUAUCGAAAAGUUCAUGAAACGGAAAUCAAUCACGAACCAACCGCCUGCUCAACAGAUCAUCCCAAGCAAACCUCAGACCGACAAGUCAGACAUGAAGUCUCCUAUAUCCCUCAACACGGAUGUGGUGGUGACGCUAAAGGCAGUUAAUCUCGGCAUCUUCCCCAGCACAUUCUCAGAUCACCAAGUCUUUAAACUAGAGGCUCUUAAUGCACAGGCAAGAUUCGCCGCGAGCAUGCAAGACAAACGUAUUCAUAGCAUCCUAGGCAUGACUCUCGGACAACUGCGCAUAGGUCUCGCAGGUGUACGUAGAGUCGAGGCGCCCAAGGCAGUCAGCGAGAUCUCGGUAGAAGAUGUAGUCGCAAGCGCCACGGGGUCAAGAGGCGGCACUAUCUUAAAGGUUCCCAAGGUCGAAGCUAUGAUGCAGACAUCUCAGAGCCCGGAAUCCCGCACCAUCGAGUACAUAUUCAAGAGCUCGUUCGAGGGCAAGGUGGAAGUGGGAUGGAACUACUCACGCAUCAGCUUCAUCCGCGGCAUGUGGGCGAACCACACCAAAGCCCUCGCGCAGACCUGGGGCCGCGAGAUCCCAACCAUGUCCGCGAUCAAAGUGACCGGGGUUCCCGAGGCGGAGCAAGAGCGCAAGGAAGGCGGUGAAAGGCAGAAGAUCACGGCUGAAGUCAAUGUUCCGCAAUCCAAGUACGAAUAUGUAGCUCUCGAACCACCUGUUAUCGAAACGCCGCAACUCAGAGACAUGGGCGAGGCUACGCCGCCGCUAGAGUGGAUUGGGUUGCAUCGAGAUCGGCUGCCGAAUCUUACACAUCAGAUUGUUAUUGUCUCGCUGCUAGAGCUAGCAGGCGAAGUCGAGGAUGCAUAUGCGAAGAUUCUCGGGUCGUCGUAG